GCGCCUGAUCGACGACCUUGAGCAGGCCACCAGGAAGAGAUGGGCGGCACCGACUUUGAAUUAUGUGGACAGCAGGCGAAAGAUGAGGGAGGUCAGACGAAGGAGGCUUCCGCAAGUUUGCCUUUCAGUGACGGCCCACUUCGGGCAUCCGGCGUGGCGCUCUGCUACGAAAUGUGCACCGGCACGCUUUGCUGAGGCUCAGCGUAAGCGCUCUGCGUGGGUCGACUGCGGUUCAUGGACCUUGCUUCAGGCGCUGCCGCUACAGGCUCGAUGGAAGCAAUGUGAAAUGGUUGAGGAGGAUGCUGCCAUGGACAAUGAGCAGGUUGAUGCGGCGAAUGAGGCGGUGUUCUUCAUGAAGGUCGCUCCCGGCGACGCUUUCAGACCCGGCUGCCACCCGCAGUUGAUUCCCGGCCACACGCCUUUGCUGCUGGCGCGCCCCGUCGCAGAGGCAUGGAAGGUGAUCCAGGGAGGUGACGGACAGGCUAGGCCGAAUGGAAACGGGCACUACCUCCCACGCUCCUCCGAGUGCGAGAUACACCACGACGACAUCCUCGAAUGCAACGGCGAGGCCCGCAUCAUUCUAGAGGCUGGCGUGUACCUGGAUGAUGCGGUCAAUGUUCUGAAUGGAACCUAA